UCGCAGAUACAGCCGCACGAUCACCAAUAUUCUGUAAACGUGGCUGAGACCUUGCAAGCUGUUCCUUUGACUCGACUCCUCCGGGUCUGAUACGCGGAGAACCAUGAUCCUUUCUACUGACCAGAGCGCAACUGGCCGUGACAACACGUCUGUCGGCCUCCAAAAUGACUUGUGAAGCCUGUCAAUCGUGUCAACCUUGAUCCUGCGAAUCGUCUUCCGCCUCUUGCUGUCAGUAUACGUCGUCUCGCUCUGCUUGGCUCAAAUGACAGCUCUGACCACGACUACUAAUCCAGCCUUGGUUUCAACGACUGUCAAUCUUCCCAGUGCGAGUGACAUCUCACCAUCAGGAAACGCGAGCUGCUCUUUCUCUGGCGAUGUAGGCGACUAUCUGUCAUGUGCACGAGGUCAAGACUCCACUACGACCCUUGUAGCUGCCGCGUUGGGCGUCACAGUCGGUAUUUGCCUACUCGUAGGUCUUUGCGUGUACAUGUGUCACAAGUCACGCCGGAAGCAAGCCCUGGCCAGAGAUCCGCCAAGCGUGGGGGAUCGUACAAGGAAUCCAGACAAGCAAGGGGGGUACGGCGAUUCUGACGAAGACCUGCUGGAGAAAAGUAUCAAGUUUGUCAAACCCUCUCGAGGACCGCUACCUCCAGGUCUCGCUCUCGUUCAACGUCAUCCGGAUUCGCCUGUCGAUAUACAGCACGGACGGACCUUGUACUUGUCGAAUCCCUCUCCUGCACCUCGACACCUUGCUGGUAGCCGACCCGCAUCGAGACCCAGAACAGCGUACCAACGAGAACAGCGUGUGUCUCGUGCUCUCGAUCCUCGACGCCCAUCCCAGCUCCCUCCUUAUGAGCCCCCUACAAGGGGACCUCCACCAACUGUUCCCGAAAAGUCGAGGCCCAAGCCGACAGAGCAUAGUCGAGCAACCUUUGGUGCUCAGCCAGCGCCAGAUGUUGCAGUCAGCAAGAUGGCGCCGGUGGGCCCGAUGGGAGAGAUAGCUUAUCUAGGCCGAUCGCCAAGUCAGUUCUCUGCGAAACCGCUCAACAUCCGUAAAUCAUCCGCUCCAAACGUCUACGGCCGGCCUAGACCACCUCCUGACGAUCCUCCUCCAGCUUUGCCUCACAGUACAUCACUGCCCACCGUACCGGUGGUAGCUGUUGACAAAGCUCUUCCUCAAUCCGCCACCAUCCCGCCUUCCCCUGAAUCCCUUCCCCAGACUCAUCAGAUCGCAACCGUAUCUAUGACUCAACAUUCAGUGGACGCAUUCUUAACAGUCGAGACAGAAGAUCCUACGUUGGCCCCGCGUCGUAGUGUCGCGGCGGAAUAUAGCAUUCCGAGCUAUUACGAGCCGGCCAGACAGACGAUCCACGAUACCGUCAACUCUAGAGCGCCGAGCACUUAUGUCCCUCGAAGCCGGAGUGGAAGUGUAGACGUUUUGCCAAAGAUGCCGGUCCGAGAGCCGCUCGUUAUGCCGCUGAGGACGGAUAACCGACACCUCCCAGAGCGAUCUCAGACGACUCAGGAUUCGAUGCCUCGACGAAUCUCGAGACGGUCAAUAAAUGCUCCUAGUCAGCUCGGAUACAGCAGCGCGCCGACUGAACCUGUUCCCCUCGUGCCUGCAGGCCAGAGCGACAUCAAGCUCGACCCUUCUGAAGCACACGAGGGGUCCGCUGAAGCGUCAAGCGCUAGCAUUCCUCCCUCACGAGUGGACAAGCACGGUCAUCUGGCACAGCGACCCGUCGUACCGAGAGCCGAAACUUCCACCGGUGAUCUUUUCGUAGAUGCUUUGGAGAACCUGGAUCCAGACUCAGACAGUGAGUCGAUGUCGAAACCCCGGCACGGGCGUUCGGUCCAUACUGUACCUCAACGUAGUCCAUCAGUCGAUAGAGGAGGAUUGAUAUAAGGUGUAUUCCAAGUGUAUGCAGAA